CUUACCUGUUGUAGUAGCCAACCUGUCUUAUUUUCAAGAUUACAAAUCCUACAUUUAAGGAGGCUUUCCAAUAGAUAUCCUUUUGGCGACCUGAUAGCGUGAAACUUCCAACUAUAUAUAUAUAUAUAGAGAGAGAGACUCCUCAACAAUUCUUUUUGUAGUUGAGGUAGAAAGCACCAUGCAUCUUUUAAAGUUACACAUCUUUUCUUCUUUUUGACUCAAAUCUUUUUCUGAUUGCUUGUGCCAUAGAAUUUUGUUCCCUAUAGUAGAAGAAUGACAAAUUGGAGUAGUAGCUUUCUGGGGUUUCUUCAUCUUGCUUUUAUUUUGAGAAUUGAAGCCUUAGAAUUUCAUAGGACUGAUCAACACAGUGAAAGAAUUUCAGGAAGUGCUGGUGAUGUUUUGGAAGAUAAUCCAAUAGGAAGGUUAAAAGUUUAUGUAUAUGAGCUUCCCAGCAAAUAUAACAAGAAAACUGUGCAGAGAGAUUCGCGAUGCCUCAAUCACAUGUUUGCAGCCGAGAUAUAUAUGCAUCGUUUCCUGUUAUCCAGUCCUGUUCGAACCCUUAAUCCAGAGGACGCGGAUUGGUUUUAUACUCCAGUUUACACAACUUGUGAGUACUUGACACCACAUGGUCAUCCUUUACCUUUCAAGUCACCACUUAUGAUGAGAAGCGCGAUUCAGCAUAUAGCUUCUAGCUUGCCAUACUGGAACAGGACACAAGGCGCGGAUCACUUCUUUAUUGUACCACAUGAUUUUGGUGCAUGUUUUCACUUCCAAGAAGAGAAAGCUAUUGAAAGAGGAAUUCUUCCGUUGCUGCAACAUGCUACCUUGGUUCAAACUUUCGGGCAACAAAAUCAUGUUUGUUUAAAGGAUGGUUCUAUAACUAUUCCCCCAUAUGCUCCUCCACAGAAAAUUCAAUCCCACUUGAUCCCUCCUGAUACACCAAGAUCCAUCUUUGUUUAUUUCCGAGGCUUGUUUUAUGACGAUAGGAAUGAUCCUGAAGGCGGGUACUAUGCACGAGGUGCUCGAGCAGCAGUGUGGGAAAACUUUAAGGACAAUCCUCUCUUUGAUAUUUCUACAGAUCAUCCAACAACAUACUACGAGGACAUGCAACGAGCUAUCUUUUGCUUGUGCCCUCUCGGAUGGGCUCCGUGGAGUCCAAGACUGGUUGAAGCUGUUAUAUUCGGAUGCAUCCCCGUUAUAAUAGCAGAUGACAUUGUGUUACCAUUUGCUGAUGCAAUUCUAUGGGAAGAUAUCGGAUUGUUUGUAGCAGAGAAGGAUGUUCCAUAUUUGGAUAACAUUCUCACUUCUAUUCCACCACAAGAAAUAUUGAGGAAGCAGAGAUUGCUUGCCAAUCCUGCAAUAAAGAAGGCAAUGUUAUUUCUACAACCUGCUCAACAAGGUGAUGCUUUCCACCAAAUUUUGAAUGAACUUGCUCGUAAAUUACCUCAUCACAAGACAAUAUACGGCGACAACAUCUUAUUAAACUGGACUGCUGGUCCAGUUGGUGAUCUAAAACCUUGGUAGGAUCGAGCUGCAUAUGGAUAGAAAUGCAGGGUAAGGCUGCGUACAAUAGACCCUUGUGGUCUGGCCCUUCCCGGACCCUGUGCAUAGCGGGAACUUAGUGCACCGGGCUGCCCUUUAUUCUUUAUCUAUCAUAACAUACAUUCAGUUAUCCCGAAGGGUGGACUAUGAAGAUCAGGGGAUGGAAUAUCAGCAUUUCAGCUUGCAACCAUCAGUCCUUUGCCUAAUUGAAUACAUGAAGCUAAUUAAUUUGGGAUGUCGUCGUUAAAAGUUAUCUUUGAUCUGCUUGGAACAGUUAUGAGCAAUGUCGGCUUCCUAGUUUUUAGAUUUAGAAAGAAUUUGGUUUAGUUAACUUUUGAUUGGUAAAGCUGAAUGCAUCAUCAAUUUCAUUAAUAGCUCUUCAUUUUCACAUUGAAGAGUAAAUGAGUGCAACAGAAGAAGUUUUAAGCUCAGACAGGGUGAUGAAACCAUUACUUAAUAAGCUAGUGUAUAAAAGAAACACAUUUAACUUCAGUUGCAUUGAUCAACGAUGUACCUGUAAUUGUUCACUUGUGGAUGAAGACCUCGAAACCAGACAGAAGCAACAUCUUAUUAAACUGGACUGCUGGUCCAGUUGGUGCAAAUUUUGAUUAAUGUGGGAAGAAGAAAGAUAA